AUAUAUCAACUUUCAACCGGGCCUAUACAUGAGGUGUUUAUCCGAUAUGACUAGACGAAAAAAGAAGGAUGAAGAAGAGCAACAAGAAGAUAAAGAUGAAAGUUAUUUAUUCAAGAAUAAUGCAAAUACUACUAUAGAGCAAGAAGUACAGUGCCUGAAGAAGCUAUUAGAAACAAAGAAUGAAAUAAUUUUAGAUAAAGAGAGGUAUAUCAAUCAAUUAGUUAAUGAGAACAGACGUUUACAGGAGCAUUAUGAAUUGAUCACUAACAGUAUUGUGGAUAAAGAAACCAUAAUCACAUCUUUGGGGAAAAUAAAUGAAAGAGUUGAAAAAAUAGAACAGAGCCUGAACAUCCUCAAAGCGGUUAACAGGUACAAAUGGGGAGCUGAUCCCAAAAUAAAUAUCUUAUUCUAUAGAUGCUAUACAAGAUCGAUAUUAGACUAUGGAUGUUUCUUAUAUGGUUCAGCUACGAAGACUCGCCUUGCCAAGCUCGAUAGGCUACAGUAUAAAGGUCUAAGGUUAGCCUUGGGGGCUCUGAAAUCUACUCCAACAGCUACUCUGUUAGCAGAGUGUCAGGAACCUCCAUUACACUUGAGAAGGUUAUUCUUAGCAGAAAAGUUCAUUAUAAAAUGCAGCUUCAAUGACCAAACUGCACUCACAAGAAAAGUAGCUCAACUAACCACCCUCAACUUGACGCUUCCAUGGUGGCAAAAUAAAAACUCUCCUACACUUGCUGAAGCAUACCCCAACAUCUCUCUGUACAACAUAGAAGGAGAUAAUAUACCAUUUUUCAAGUCUCAAUACAAUAUUUCAUUCUCAAAUUUAGAGACAUACAUCACCGUUGCUGAAAAUCCUCCCAUCAUGAAGCAAUUACUCCACGAUCUACUACAAAAAUUUGUGACUCCUUGUAGAAUCUACACAGACGGAUCCAAAUCUGAGCAAGGCGUAGGGUGUGCUGUAUUUAUAGAAGACGAGAAAGUGUCUCUAAAGUAUAAACUGGAUCCCAUCUGCUCUAUAUUCACCGCUGAGCUAGCAGCCAUAGAUCUGGCUCUUGAGUGGGUAGUCUGCAAUCGUCCGUCAUACCAAAAAUUCAUUAUUAUGUCAGACUCACAAUCAGCUAUACGCGCAUUACAAAAUGCGCCUUUUCACAUAUACCACAACAAAACCAUCGUCUCAAUACUGGAGAAGGAGUCUCAAUUAAGACAACUAAGGAAAUCGGUGGCAUUUAUAUGGAUAAAAGGUCAUGCAAGAAUUGAGGGGAAUGAAAUGGCAGAUCGACUGGCUAAGGUAGCCGCCUCGUCCGGAGAAGAAAAACAAUACGUAACUAAAACUGACAUAGCCUCGUCGAGGAAGCUUAAUAUGAAAAAGAGCUGGCAAAUGGAAUGGACUAAUUUCUGUACCAACAAUAAUAACCAAUACUGCAAAAUUUAUCCAAACCUCCCUGACUCCCCAAUAGAGCUCAGAAGCCACGUCAAUAGGAGAGUACACUCAAUGUACUUCAGAUGUUUGGUCGGACAUGCUACAGUAAAAGCUUACCUGCACCGCUUUGGUCUCGAAGAAUCGGAUACAUGUAGCUGUGAUGGGAAUAGGGAUGAUAUCAAUCAUUGGUUGUUCCAAUGCAAAUUCAACUCAACCGCUUCAGUUUAUAUGAUGAGUGAGCUGGCUACACUUGGUGUUCCAUUCCAAGUCAAACCUCCCUUCUGUAUUCAAGCACUCACAAUUCAUCAAUUCGAAAAACUCUAUGGGACUUCUUCAAGAGAGCCAGACGGAAAAUAUAAUUAA